UCUCUAUCACAUGUCAAGCGGCAGAAAACAAUAGUACUCAGAAACUGAAUUCAGUAUGUAGCAUAUACAUGCACCACAGAUGCAACUCAUCUCAGGACCAUCUUCAUUUGUUUCUAAAAUUUCACUUACUUUCGCUAGAAAUAAAUACUCUUAGUGACAGGGAAAGACAUUUUUCAUAUGGGAUCUUAUGGAAAGCUUGCGACUCGUGUUCUUGACACUGAUGUUCCAGUCAUGGUGGAGAUGCCAGAGUUAACUAAAGGAGCUACAGAUCCUAUUCCGCUAGGGAAGGGAGCAGUAUACUGGCAGCCACCUGAGCAGGCUCUUGAGAAAGUUAAGCAAAUAGCAUGGGAGCCUUCAACUAGCAAUUAUGGCACUCAUGAAGGUCUUCCAGAGCUUAAGGAUGCAUUGACAAAGAAGCAGCUGUGCCAGGAGAACAAAUUAUGCAACUCCUCGGUCAUGGUUACAGCAGGUUCAAAUCAGGGAUUCUUAAAUCUUGUGCUUACACUAUGUGACGUUACGGACUCUGUGGUACUAUUUGCGCCAUACUUCUUCAAUGCACACAUGUCAUUCCGGAUGACUGGCAUCACUAACAUACUAGUUGGUCCCAGUAAUCCCAAAACACUUCAGCCAGAUGCAGAUUGGUUGGAGAGAAUUCUUUCUGAAACUAAACCAACUCCAAAGCUUGUCUCUAUUGUAAAUCCAGGAAAUCCAUCAGGAAACUGUAUUCCAGAGCCUCUUCUCAAGAGAAUUUCGGACAUAUGUAAAAAGGCUGGCUCUUGGCUUGUAGUGGAUAAUGCAUACGAGUACUUUAUAUAUGGAAGUUCAAAGCACUCUUGUGUUGAGGGAAACCAUGUUAUCAAUCUAUUUUCUUUCUCAAAAGCAUAUGGAAUGAUGGGAUGGCGAGUUGGAUACAUAGCAUAUCCAUUAGAGGCAGAGGAUCUUCGUAUUCAGUUACUUAAAGUUCAGGAUAAUGUGGCAAUCUGCGCUCCAAUGAUCUCACAGCAUGUUGCUCUCUAUUGCUUAGAUGCCGGGCAUGAGUGGGUCAAAAACAAAGUUAAAACACUUGCCAAAAACAAGGAACUUAUCAUGAAGGCUCUUUCUCCACUAGGAGAAGAUGCAGUUAUUGGUGGAGAAGGAGCAAUCUACCUAUGGGUAAAACUCCCAGAAAGAUAUCUGAAUGACUAUGAAGUUGUUAGCUGGCUUGCACGAAAAUAUGGAGUGGUGGUGCUUCCAGGCAGUGCAUGUGGUGUAAAUGGGUGCAUUCGAAUCACAUAUGGUGCAGUGAUAGAAGAAAAAUGUGAUAUUGCUGCAAAGAGACUAAGGAAUGGGCUGGAAGAACUUGUGACAUAUGGCAUGGUGGAGUAGCGAUUCUAUUCAGAAAGCUCUAAACAGAAGGCGAGAAAAUCUUUUCAGAAUCAGAAUGUGUCUUUCAUGUUAUGACAACAUUUGGUUUCUUCUUGUAUUAUAUAACCAUUAUUAAGUGCUUUCUUCGACUUUCCAAUUUUUCUUCUUUAUUUUCCUCCGAGAGCAAAGAUCAAGAGAUUGCUGCUCUCAUAAGUGAAAAUUGGGUAUUUUAGGUAUCUUAACAUUUUUUUAACAUUCAUGAAGAUAGCGGCUUUCCAUUAA